GCUUGGUUUUGACCCAGAAUUAGCUGGCUAGCUUUCAGCCGAUAACCUUAACGCAAUCACUACCAUUUCCUCUAUCAGCAGACACCUCAAUACGUUAUAAGGGAGUGCUUAUCUGAAUAAGUUUGAAGCCAUGAAUAAAUUAACACUGGUUGUAAACACUUGGUGUUUCUUAAUGAAUUUGGAACCCGUCGAAGCGAAUCAUUCAUGUUUGCCUCGCUCGUUUAACACGGAAACAUCGAAUAAAAUAUCCUGAUUCAAUUCUCUGGGAAUGAGGAACGUGAACGAAGAGGUUCCUCUGGAGCCGAAAGGUGACAAGUCAGCAGAGACAUAUGUUGUGAAUAAAGGACCAAAAGGAGGAUAUAUCUUCACCAAACUGAAGCUUCUACUUCUGCUUCUUCUACUUAUAAUUCUUAUCAUCAUUAUAAUAAUUCUAGCCGCUUUACUCGGUGCAGAACGAACGAAAAACGGAGCUAAAGAAAAAGUCAAGACAACAUUUUUCCCGACAAGCCUGUUUCGUGAAUUGCUUCACUCUUCAGGGGAUUUAAAUAGUCCCGGUGGAUCAGUCGCUAAAGAAAAGGGUCCAGGAAACUUAACAACUCCUGCUCCAUCAUCAGCCUCACCUACAGGCGUGUGGUCCAAUACACGACUUCCUGAUUACAUUGUCCCUACACACUAUGAUCUACAUAUGCUGGUCGAUCCCAACAACGAUGGGUUCAGUGGAAGCGAGGAAAUCGUUAUUAAUGUUAUCAAGAAAACGCCUACCGUGCUGCUGCAUUCAAAUGGCCUGGAUGUCACAGAAGUCAAAAUAGAGAAUUCAAACAAAGAUGUAAGCACGAUAAAGAAACAUUUUGAUUUUCCGAAAAACCAUUAUCACGUGAUAGAAACCGCUGAACCACUAGUACCAGGGACCUACGUCUUGGAGUUAAAGUUUAAAGGAACUUAUAGCAAAUCACUUUUUGGGUUGUUCAAAGGAACCUAUAGGAGCAAAGAUAAUAAAGAAGCGUCGUUCGUUUCAAUGCAAUUUGAGCCACUGGACGCACGAAAGAUGUUUCCGUGCUUUGACGAGCCCGCCAUGAAAGCAACCUUCUCCGUGGACAUUACCCACCCUAUAGACAUGAUGGCCUUAUCCAACAACAUCGCAAAGGAGAAGAAAGACAAGGGGUCUACAAGAACCACCUUCUUUGACAAGACACCUGUAAUGCAGACCUAUUUGGUGUCAAUUGCAGUGGGGCAUUUUGAAUCGAAAGAGAUUACCUCAAAGAAUGGUGUAAAGAUAAGAGCCUUUGCUCAGCCAGGCAAGACUGACCAAAUGGACUUUGCUUUAAAGAUGGCCAACGAGACAUUGACACAGUUGGAAGAGGUUUUUGGCAUUCCAUACUCCAUGACUAAGCUAGAUUUGGUUGCCCCACCGGAAUGUUAUAUUGCCAUGGAAAACUGGGGCUCUAUUCGCUUUGAAGAGGAUGGUCUGUUAUACAAGAAAGGAUUCUCUUCUGAGGAAAUUCAACAGGAUCUUUUAAUGAGAUGGCUGCCACAUGAGAUAGCUCAUAUGUGGUUCGGCAACCUUGUCACCAUGAGAUGGUGGGAUGAUCUGUGGUUGAACGAGGCACUCGCUGAUUACUUUAAUUAUUUUGAUGGAUCGCCAUCCUCUGUUAGCUYAUGGAACAGGGAUAAAUUAUUUCUUCAUUCUAACGUGGGUGACGCAUUGUUCCUCGAUGGACUGGUGAAUACUCGUGCAGUCAUAACCUCCGUACCUCAGCCAACGAUCGACACCUUUGAUGAUAUCGUGUACAAGAAAGGUUCAUCGCUGUUGAACAUGUUGAAGCAUACAUUCCCAAGUGUAAACAGGAAGAAUUUCAUUGCUGGUAUGCAGAAAUAUCUAAAGCAACAUUCCUACAGCAAUGCAGUUGGCGAUGACAUGUGGUCAGCUUUGCAAUCGACAUGUUCCGUAMAUGAAUGUGAAAACAUUAAAGAAAUUAUGGAUCCUUGGAUGAAAAAGGCUGGUUAUCCCGUCCUGACGAUCAAGAAAUCUAGCACGGCGGCCAACAAGUACACAGUCACGCAAGAACACUUCCUCUACGACAUUACCGCUAAACAACAAGAUACUUUAUGGAGCAUUCAUUUUACAUACAGUUUGUCAACGAGUAAAUCUAAUAAUAAACCUGCUACAAUUAAAUCCAAAUGGAUCAAAGGCAAAAAACAAGUCGACAUAGAAUGGGCUGGCAAUGGCUGGAUCAAGGCAAACAUGGACCUGACUGGUUUUUACCGGGUCAAUUAUGACGAUGACGUGUGGACCAACCUUGCUGAACAGCUUCAACACAAUCAUUUUGCAAACUAUAAUAUCCUCUGGAAAGAACAAGGACAGCGAUUGAACGUAAAUAAAGCUCUAGACAUGACAAACUAUAUGAUAAAAGAGAACGAUUACCUCCCAUGGAAAUGUGUACAAAAAAACAUUGGAUACAUUCAAAGUAUACUUCCACCUCAUAGUCACACGUAUCAUCACUUAAAGCGGUAUAUGGCUUUCCAAAGUGAGAAGUUAUUCAAUGAUCUUGGAGUUCAAGAUUCUGGGGAACAUCUUGACAAACUAAAAAGGCUCAUUGUAACUGGAUUCCAAUGUGACUUGGGCACCAAGAAAUGUCUGGGAAACCUGACAAGGAUGUUUAAUGAAUGGAAGAAAGAUCCUUUAACAACAAGCGUAACCCCAGCUCUUCGUAAACUUGUGUACUACUAUGGCGUCAAUCAAGGAAUUCCAGAAGACUGGGAACGAGUACUGCAGGAGUUAAUGAAGACGAGCGUACCAUCAGAAAUACAACCACUUCUCAUGGGACUGGCAGGAUCACGUGAUACCUGGACCCUUUAUAAAUACAUGAAAAUGGCGGGAAACCAGACAAUAGUGAAGAGACAGUAUGCUAAAUACGUGUUACAUUAUGUAGCCAACCAUAACCCUGAUGGACCUGAUGUAGCCUGGACGUUCCUCCAGCUCAACUGGCAAGACAUCAAACAAAACGGUGGCCCCAUACAAGCGAUGAUGACGUAUAUACCAACAAUCACAAGAAGACUCUCUACUUCUUAUCAACUAGAGCAGCUUACAAAUUUCAUCAAUAAGAACCUGAAUAGGGAAGCGAUGCCAAGAGGACUUCGAAAGGCUGUAGAGAUCGUAAAGUUGAAUAUCGCCUGGCGAGCCGCUCAUGAACCCGAUCUGGAGAGAUGGCUGAAGAACUUCUUAGCAAAACAAAAUCUACCCGUCCAAAAAUUCCGGCCAUUUGAUGGGUUUUCUGAACCAGCGUGAAAACGUACUUCUCAAGUCAAUAGUCCUCUUUAUCUUGGGCGUAAUGCAUGUUUUACCGGGCCCAUUUCAGACCAUGUGCCCUCCCCUUGAGUAUCAUUAAUAUUUUUUUUAAAUUUAAACAUAUAAAUUCUUUAAGUUUGCUCCAAGAGCUCUCAUUCGAGCUCAUCUAGGGAGUGCACUUGACGCAAAUGAAAUAAAGAAUCCUAUAGAGAUUUUGAACCACCGCGUGACGGCAGCCAUGUUAGAUGGCAGGAACAAUACAAUCGUUUUACAUGAGAAAGAAUAAAUUCCAAAGAGCAAAGGGAUUUUAUUGUUCUGGCAACUAACCACAGGCAGCCCAAGCUGUAGUUUGAGCGUUGGCACUUGCAAAACCUCUAUAGAGACGUCUCUUGUAUAGAAAAAACGACUUCCGGGUUCCAAACGAAAAGCAGUCCUAUGAAGAUUUUUCUUACUUUUUCUCCAUGACAGGAUCUUUCGUCCAAAGUUCUCAUAGUUUCAGGUGAAGGUUGAAUCAUUGAGAACAUUUUUCUUGACAGCUAGGUUUUGCGAGCAGUUGGACCCGGAAAUACGUCACAACUUAAAAGUUCUAUCCCAAAAGGAAUGCAACGGGGUCUGAAAUAGGCAAAACAUUAUUGCGCCCAAGGUAAAAUUAUAUUGUCUGAAAUAUACUGUUUUCACGCCGUUUUGAGCACUGGCACAAAAUUCUAUGUUAAAAUAUAAUGUCACCAAAGCUCUUGAUGAAAUUCCGUUUUGAAACAUCAAAA